AUUUCUCUAAACUUCACCGUUGAUUCUUCAGGCUCUGUUUUCCACUUCGUUGUUUAUUUCCAGUGAGGCAUUUCGUCGAACGCUUUCUGUUUUCCGGCGAUGGCGAGCACCAGGGCUGCUAUGGCCAUGUUGGUGGUCGUUGGAUUGGUGGUGGCGGUGGCGAAGGGCGCCAACGAAGCAGCGCCGGCGCCGUCGCCGGACUGCAACACGGUUUUAGUGGACAUGUCUCCCUGCCUGUCUUUUGUCCAAAAUGGGAGCCAGGAAUCGAAGCCCGAGGAGGCGUGUUGUCAGGGGCUAAAGACGGUGAUCAAAAAGAGCGAGGAGUGCCUCUGCGAGGUCCUGAAGAGUGGUGGUAGCUUAGGGAUCGCCCUCAAUUUGACGAGGGCCACUGAGCUUCCUGCUGCUUGCAAGGUUACUGCUCCUCCUGCCCUCAAAGCAUGUGCAGGUUUUGGGAGCCCAGCACCUUCUCCACCACCAAAGUCAUCCUCUUCUCCCAAGGCAGCUCCUUCUCCAAAGGCAACUUCUCCAACGCUUCCGCCCUCUGCAUCUGCGCCAGCCACUGCAGGCAGCAACCUCACACAGAGCCCUGCUCCAUCGCCUGCUCAAUCAGGAGCUCAUGCGUUCCUUCCUUCGUCUCUUAUGUUCUGUGCUGCUAUGGCGAUGAUCUGGCUGUCCAUCUAGGAACCGUCUUCGCAUCUUCUUCAUUUUGCAGAGUGGCCUCUUAUAGUUAUAGAGCCUUUGGGUGGAUUCUGGGGAGGACACAUUUUAUGACAUUGAUUAGUUGAACUAUGGUCAUGGAUGCAUUGAGUUUUCUUCCACCUCUUUCUUUAGUAUGAGGGUAGGCCCCUUUUUUUAUUUUUUAAGUGCUUAUGACUUUAUUAGAUGAAUAUAAUUGGUGCUUUCAUUUA